AGGAAAGAGCACAAGCAAUCCUGCAGGGACAAUUGUAGCCUGCUGCUGCCUGCAACUUCCUCUGAUUUAAUACUGCUGGACCCUUGACUUUUUUUAGUCGAAUUUACACAUCCAAAUCUGACAAUGGGUGGCUACGACAACUGCUGCGCCAUCUGCGGGGUCAAGGUAUCACAGCUAAUUUAUGAAGACGACGAUGAUAUUGAUCCAAACGCCAAUGAAGAUGUCCAGAAUGGCAGCGAAAGCCACGAAGAUGAUGAAGGAUACGACAAAUCGCUGAUCAAGGUCGAGGACGUACUCUGGAUGAACGAUGUCCGCAUCAUCAGCGAGAACCGCGAAGCCUUGUCUAUGAACAAAGUAUUUGUGUCCGGCCCAGCAGAGUACGGGGACUGGGGAUUCUUCGAUGUUGAGCCUGGAAAUCAUCCUAACUUCCCGACUCAAGACCAGAUGGAGUAUGACGAAGAAGGCCAAGUCAACUUCCGCUGCUACGACUGGAGCACAGACCAUGCAUUUGCAAUUCCGUUCCAUCCGCAAUGCCGCGGCAUCCUACGGAAAUUCGUCUCAACCCAGCUGAACGGAGAAUUCCUCGACGACGACAUCAUGUAUCACACGUUCAAAGACUUUGUAAACGAGGGCGAUGACUUCUCACAAUGCCUGACCAAGAUCGACUACGGUAUCGACACGACCGAGCAGUACUGGGAGCCGCGUCGUGGCGAGGAGUACGUUGUCAUGGAGCCCAUGCAAAUUUUUGAUCUGGCAGAUUAUUAUGCCGAUCUACCGCAGCGGGAUGACGAGGAUACGGAGAUGAAUACACAUACACAUGUCAGUGCGGUACAGCUGUCCAACGACCCCAUGGCCAGACUGGCUCCAGAACUGCUGUUCGAGAUUCUAAUAACCCUACCAAUGGAAUCAGUGAACUGCCUUCGAGCGGCAAGCCCUGCCGUCGCCAGAUUGGAGCUGAACAACGGCUUCUGGAAGCAAAAGCUUCUACAUGACAUGCCCUGGCUAUUCGACUUCCCUACCGAUGCGGAGGAAUAUCUAGAUCUAGACUGGGCCAAGUGCUACGCGGACCUCCGCGCACGCAGCCAAAACGGGAACCCUGCUCAGAUUCUAGCACUGGUCAACCGUAAAAGGAUAUGGGGGGUCUGUGAGCAAUUCGGUCCCUCGUACGCCAGAAGGAAAGCCGUCAAGGAUGAGGAGCGUAGACGAUCGCAGGGAUCGUUGCUGACCCAGGCCACCUCAACACCAAUCCGACGACUUACUUCGCCACAGGCCAAAAUUGACUCCCUGGCCCUGGCGCUACUCAGGUCUCUCUCUGAUCUCGACCAGGACCCUCCCAUUUUGUCCGUGUACUGGACCAAAAAAGGAGCGUUGUCGGGCUUCGGUGUUCAACGGGCGAACAUGGACACUAUCGGGAGCCCCGAGAAAUUCGCUGUACGCGACGAGGUAAAGAUUCAAAAGAAUGACUGGAUCAGAGGGUUCAUCGUGACAUCAACUGAGAUUGGUGACAGUGAACGAAGAAAGGUGGUCGGUCUCAAGGUUCUAUUUAUACAUGGGGAGCCCAUCCAGCUGGGCCAAAGCAACGGAGAUCAUAUACUCAUUCACACCGAAAGCGAUCGCCUUUUGGCCGGACUGUUUGCGGAGUGGUCCCCAGGGAAUCCUAUAUCAGGUCUUUCACUGCUCCAUGUUCCUGUCUCCAAAGGCGCGCCUCACGCAGCAGAACUCGUGCGAGCACAGGUAGGCAAACCGGAAUCCUCUACCGCAAUCGGUUCGAGACUCUGGAAAGAAAGUCUACCAGCACCGGAGAUGUCUCCCUCCGAAGAGCGACUUGGCUACUGGUCAAUGGGCUUCAAGACCGACCUGGCUCCAAUGGAAGCCCUUGUAUUCGGUCGUGACGAGGACGAACUCGCUGCUAUCACAGAGAUAGCAGUAGACGCGCAGAUCGGUGCUUUCGAGGUCCGCUAUACCAACAAACCGACUAAAACUAUAGGACCACGCCCAUUGACCAUGAAAUCUCUGCCCAUCGACGGGGCAGGAGGGGAACGCAUUGUCGCUGUCGGCGCAGCAGUCGGACAUAUCACACACGGCAUCCGAUUCAUCACAAACUACAACCGCCAGCUGAUUCUGGGAAGCUGUCGACCAAACCAGCCCUCCGAAACUGUAUACGCAUGCACUGAUGAAAAGGCGCUCUGUGGCAUCUACUGCAACUGGUCCUCGCGGUCUUCGCCACAGGCAAGACUCCAGUGUAUUGCUGGCCUGUUUGCGCCGUCUUCUUCUUCAGAAGAAGAAGGACCAGCAGGACAGCAGGAUACGGGACCAGAUGGCGAGGAACACUGGUGGGAGCCAUGCGAACCACCUACCGGUUGGACCGCCGUAGGACCUCUGUACGGAGCUCACGAAACGCCAUCGAGCCCCAUCCGGCCUGGUACCUCAUUCCCCAGCACCACUGCUGUCGUGACCUGGCUAGACUGUACCCGGCCGGUGCGUAAAGUCCGACUCAACGUCGCGCACAGGACGCAGAAUCUCCCAUUUACGCCUACUAGUUUGAUCCUGGAAUACGCGGACGGGUCAACCGGCAGUAUCGGACCGACGCGUCUCACUGCACCUACCGACACCGAGGGGCAGAACAAGUACCCAUGGUGCUGGUGCCAUUACGAUAUAAAACUUCCAGAGUCUGAAUCCCCUCUCGGGAAGACACUCCAUUAUUCCACAGCGGAGGAAUGGAGUAUUGAGGGUGGCGCGGUGCUAGAAUCCUGCCGACUCUGGGUGGACAACGACGGCCCACUGCGCGGUAUACAGUUUGUUUCUGCCGACGGGCGUGAGAGUCCGCGAUGGGGUGUCUGUGACGGGGAGCCUGUGGUGAUUGCACUUGGUGGGCACUCUGGUAACAACGCGGUUGGAUUAAAGGUGUUUUUGGAUAGUAACCACAGGCCGGUUACCUAUCCGGAUACUUUUGUUGUUGGCAUCCAGGCUUUGGUUGCUUCUUAGCAUCGGAAUUGGAAUGGCAUUUUUGUUAAUAUAUGAUAUCUGCAUCUGGAUAACUCUUAUUCGGCCCCUUGCGCCUUUUGGCGUU